AUGACCGCAGCCCCACCGUUUGGGGGAUCUACGGAUGAUCAAGUCCAACAAGGAGCAUGGGAGAUAGUGGGUGCUGUCAAAGUGAAGGAUGGGCUCUUCAUAGGAGACGAGAUGGCUGCUCAGAUACCAAACCACUGGGAGCCUAUAGGAGUGGUCUAUCUCACUUAUUACUGGCUCGAUAAUGACUCCCAAGUAGUUCUAGACGCUCGGGAUGUGGUGGUCGACGAAGUCACUGCUUUUAUCGAUGAGGCUUUGGACAAUGCAGAGUCGUUGUGGAGACCGAUGGAUGGUGCGAUGUAG